CGCGCGCCUGCGCCCUGCGCAGCUGCCGCGGGGAGCCUGAUAGAGCCUUGUGCAAAGAUGGGGAGUCCCUAAGUGGCCACAGGGCGUGGUCGUCCCGCGGGCGGUGUGAAGGGGCUGGCCGGUCCCGCUGGGGCUUCACCUACUGGCCGCCGCCAGACCUGACCCGGGAAGAGGACAGGUACAGAAGACAUCUUGGCAAAUGCAGAGAGAGGACCCAUAGCUUAGGGAAGUGAGUCCAUCAGCUUCUCAAAACUACCAAAAGAUUAGGAUGUGCUGCUUUAUGGUUUCGGCAGAACGUAAGCAAGUUAAGCGAGUUCCAGCUGCCAUGGGAGACCAGGAGAGGAGGUUCCUGGCACACUCUGCACUCUCAGGAGCCCCUCACACAGGACGUCAGACGUUGCAGCUUGGGCCCCUCUUGACUGGACGGCAAGAACAGAGCUGCUGACAUCCGCAGCCCAAGAUCCUUCUGAGAUCCCAGGGAGAGAUAGGUGCCCACGUGCCCAGCGACGUUCCUGAAGCGAGCUCGGUGGUCUGAGAGGGAACAAGGCAGAUAAAGCGAUCUCUGAGGACUACCCUGGAAACAGGAGUCGUGCUCCUUCGUGAAGCCGUCUGUGGCGUCAGCGAGUCAUGGAGAAAGAAAAACCUGAAGUGAAACCCAGCACACCCGCACCCAGCAACGAGGAGAAGACAACUAGACCCUCAAGACGCCCCAGGCCUUCCCAAAAUGUCCUGUGCUUUUUACUGAAUAGGCAGCUGGGGAGGCACAGAAGUGACGUGGACCUGUCCAUGUGGGUGUGGAUGCUGGACUGAGCCACGCCCCGGUGCAGGUGGCCCCUUCCAAACAACCAUGGGUCUUGCCUGCUCACCCCCACCCCCGCCCCCACCUCUUGAAAAUGCGAAAGAAAAAUUGAUUUAAAAUAACAAACACCUCUCUCGUGUCAGCUCUUGAAAUAAAAGCUGCGUUUUCCUCCUUUUGG